AUGGACCAAAGGCACCACCAGCACCAGGCUCCAGCAACAUCAAGGCCUCAGGCAACUUAUGGACUUCGACUGCGAUCAGCGGCAUCAGCCACAACGAUUAGCGACCAAGGAGGGAUCUUCGACUGCGAUCAGCGGCAUCAACCACAACAAUUAGCGACCAGGGAGGGAUCUUCAACUGCAACCAGCCAUCUUCGACUACGAUCAGUCACUGCGACCAACAAUCUUCGACUGCAAUCAGCGAAUCCAAAACUGCAAUUAGCCACUACGACCAGCGAUCUUCGACUGUGACCAGUAAACCCAACGAACCCAGACUGCGAUCAACAACUCAGGCGAACCCAGCGAGCGUAGGCGUCAUCUCCACCCUUUAAGGUAAAAACUUUCUUCAAAUCUUAUACAAUAAAAUUAUGGUUUGUGUUUUUGGGCAUAAUAUGAUCUAACCAGGUUUGUAUUUGCGUUUGUGUUUUUGAUUGUGAGUCUGUGACAAUGUGACUACAUUUUUAAUUUUUUAGUAUAAUAUGUGAUGUUUGUUUAAUUAUUUGUUGUAUAAUUCUGCACAUUG